AUGUCCCUGCUGGUGGCACCACCCUCAACUCAUUGUCCCCACCCACUAGAGCUGUGGAAACAGCAGCCACUUGGGUGCUGCUACCACAGAUCUUCCUCCUGCUACCACGACCCACAGGAGAUGCUGGGUGUGGGAAAAGCCUUCUCCAGCCCCACCAUGGACCUGCUUUGGUGUCUGCAGCUCAUCCUCCUCCACCAGGCAACACGUGCCAGCCACGGGCCAGAGGAGAGCGGAGCCGUGGGCAGAUCCGUCACCUUCCAUCUCCAGAACCUGGAUGGAAGAGCAGCAGCCUGGAGCUUUCACAACGAAAUCAUAGUGAUCGUGAAACCUGGCAGUCCUCCUGAGACCACCUUUUUUGAUGACAGCUACAAGCCACGCUUGGUCUUCUCCAAGAAUGGCAGUGCCCUCACCAUCCUCCAGCUGAGGAUGGACGACGCCGGGACCUACACGGCCAAGAUCUCCAAUGAAAAAACCUUCUUCUUCACCCUCCGUGUCUACAAGGAGCUGGUGGUACCGAGGGUGACCUGCUUGGUGCGGAACUGCUCGGCCCGUGGUUGCAGCUACAUCCUGAGCUGCUCUGCCUCAAGCUCUGGCUCUGGGAACAUCUCCUACAGCUGGAGCUUGGGGGAUCAGCUGUGGAGAAAUGAGCCCAGGGUGUUGGUGGAGGGGUCACCCCCGGGGGAGCCCUCCCCGCUCACGUGCACGGCGCGAAACCCCGUCAGCACCCGCAACGUCACCGUCACCUCACCUGCCACCCUCUGCACAGGCAGCUCCUCGGAGGCUGGAGCAGAUUACUCCACAGUGUAUGCUGAAGUUGGUCCUUCCCAGCAGGUGCAACUGCAGAGUUUCAAUCCUGCAGGGCAAGAUGACACCAAGAAGACGCCAACCCCUGAUGUGGAGACCUCCAGAACCAUCUACUUCACCGUCCAGGCUACAGCCCAGACCGAUGAUGAGAAGAUGGGCAAAGAGCUGCUGGAGCAGGACAAGAAGAACCUCCACUCUUUGGUCAGCUAA